CGAUGACCCCUUUAAGGCGCGGCCCGCGUCCGCCGGCAGAAAAGCGGCUUAAAGGCGACGCGUGGCGCGAUGGCGGCGGCCCCACGCGCGUGCCGGCGGCGCGGGCAGCCGCUCCCGGGCCUGCGGCCGCCGCCGCUGCCGCUGCCGCUGCUGCUUCUGCUGCUGGCGCCGCCGCCUCCGGGGGGCCCUCCAGGUGCCGCCGCCUACUUCCCGGAGGAGCGCUGGAGCCCGGAGUCGCCGCUGCAGGCGCCGCGCGUGCUCAUCGCGCUGGUGGCGCGGAACGCGGCCCACGCUCUGCCCGCCACGCUGGGCGCCCUCGAGCGGCUGCGGCACCCGCGGGAGCGCACGGCGCUGUGGGUGGCCACGGACCACAAUGCAGACAACACCUCAGCUGUGCUGCGGGAGUGGCUGGUGGCUGUGAAGAGUUUGUACCAUUCUGUGGAGUGGCGGCCGUCGGAGGAACCCACGUCCUACCCAGAUGAGGAGGGACCCAAACACUGGUCUGAUUCUCGCUAUGAACACAUCAUGAAGUUGCGCCAAGCCGCCCUGAAAUCGGCUCGGGACAUGUGGGCCGAUUACAUCCUGUUUGUGGAUGCAGACAACCUGCUCAUCAACCCCGACACCCUGAGCCUGCUCAUCGCCGAGAACAAGACAGUAGUGGCCCCGAUGCUGGAUUCCCGGGCCGCAUACUCCAACUUCUGGUGUGGAAUGACUUCCCAGGGCUACUACAAACGCACGCCCGCCUACAUCCCCAUCCGCAAGCGCGACCGCAGGGGCUGCUUCGCGGUCCCCAUGGUGCACUCCACCUUCCUGAUCGACCUGCGGAAGGCCGCGUCCCGGAACCUGGCCUUCUACCCCCCCCACCCCGACUACACCUGGGCCUUCGACGACAUCAUCGUCUUCGCCUUCUCCUGUAAGCAGGCGGAGGUGCAGAUGUACGUCUGCAAUAAGGACGUGUACGGCUUCCUGCCCGUGCCGCUGCGGGCGCACAGCACCCUCCAGGACGAGGCCGAGAGCUUCAUGCACGUGCAGCUGGAGGUCAUGGUGAAGCAUCCCCCUGUGGAGUACUCCCGGUUCCUUCCGGCACCCACCAAGACACCUGACAAGAUGGGCUUUGACGAGGUCUUCAUGAUCAACUUGAAGCGGCGGCAGGACCGGCGGGCGCGCAUGCUGCGGGCGCUGCAGGAGCAGGAGAUCGAGACGCGGCUGGUGGAGGCGGUGGACGGCAAGGCCAUGAACACCAGCCAGGUGGAGGCGCUGGGCAUCCAGAUGCUGCCCGGCUACCGGGACCCCUACCACGGCCGGCCCCUCACCAAGGGCGAGCUGGGCUGCUUCCUCAGCCACUACAGCGUCUGGAAGGAGGUUGUGGACCGGGGGCUGCAGAGGUCACUUGUGUUUGAGGAUGACCUGCGCUUUGAGAUCUUCUUCAAGCGGCGCCUGAUGAACCUCAUGCGGGAUGUGGAGCGGGAGGGCCUGGACUGGGACCUCAUCUACGUGGGCCGGAAGCGGAUGCAGGUGGAGCACCCCGAGAAAGCUGUGCCCCGCGUGAGGAACCUGGUGGAGGCUGACUACUCCUACUGGACUCUGGCCUACGUGAUCUCCCUGCAAGGGGCUCGCAAGCUGCUGGCCGCCAGGCCGCUGGCUAAGAUGCUGCCGGUGGACGAGUUCCUGCCCGUCAUGUUCGACAAGCACCCGGUGUCUGAGUACAAGGCCCACUUCUCUCCCCGCAACCUGCGCGCCUUCUCCGUGGAGCCGCUGCUCAUCUACCCCACGCACUACACUGGGGACGAUGGCUACGUGAGUGACACGGAGACCUCGGUCGUGUGGAACAACGAGCACGUCAAGACUGACUGGGACCGGGCCAAGUCCCAGAAGAUGCGGGAGCAGCAGGCACUGAGCCGUGAGGCCAAGAACUCAGACGUGCUUCAGUCCCCCCUGGACAGCGCCGCCCGAGAUGAGCUGUGAGGGGCAGCCGCUGGGAAGCCACAGCAGUGCUUGCGGCCUCCUCCAUGCUUGUGGGGCACAGAAGGGUCACCUGGGACCUCUGGAGAUCACAGAGCUGUCCGUGUGGGGUGCAUCCAGCCAGCUCUUGCUCAGCAGUCCUUUGUCACAGGCAGCAUUAAUGGAGUGCCUACUGUAUGCCAGGAACAGGGCUGGGCACAGGGGAAUUGGGUGGGAACAAGAAUGUUUCAUCUGUUCACGUGCCCAGCACUUGUUAAGCACGUGUUGUGUGCCAGGUUCCUGUAUUAUGGCCAUGAAAGAGGCAUAAUGAUUCCCUGAUCAGAGAUUGAUUGAUCAUCAAGCAUUUAUUGAUCAGAUAAGAAUCAGGUAUUAGUGAUACGUAUUCAUUUUUUUAAAUUCAUUCAAGUAUUUAUUGAGUGCCUACUGUGUGUUGGGCACCAUUCUAGGCUCUGGGAAUACUGAGAUAAAUAAGACACGUUCAUUUAUUCAAACACAUGCUAAGCAUCUAUCACUUGCCUGGUACUUGAGACACAAAGGUAAUUUAUUGAGGGCAUUUAUUGAGUGCCUGCUGUGUUGGGACUUAGCAUGGUGCAAGGGACAGAGGUAAUCAUGGUGCUCCUCUAAUUGGUUUCUUCUCCUCACAUCGGGCACCUGCUGUGCACAAAGCAGUAAUGACACCACACAGUGUGGCAUCUGUUCAGUCGGCACUUGUAGCCACCCACUGUGUGCCAGGCCAGAUGCCAAGUCCUAGGGCAGAGGUGCGUGAGAUAGGUCCCUUCAUUUUCUGGGGUUGCAUCAGGCAGGGUGGUGGGCUGGGGUCUCACUGUGUGUCUGUCCUUCAUUUCCUCACGCAGCAAGCUUUAUUGAGCACCUACUGUGUGCCAGGCCUCAUGGACUCCCAGGUAGAUUGGAGCAUGGUUGGCUCCCCCCACUGCCCGGGAGGGAGGGUAGCUCUUCCCCACCAGGUGUAACCUCUGGGUCCCAGUGGCCACUGGCCACUUUUGAGCCCCCCUGGAGGGGGCUCAAGGGGCAGAUGGGGGCUGGGCCUCCCUUGUGCCCACCACUCCUGUCCGUUUUCUUGGCCCCCUGCCUGUCUCAGGCGCAGUCUCUGCCUGCUCGGUCAGGUUCCUGUCUUCGAGCCUCGAUGGGAUCGUGUGUGGGGCCUGGUGGGGCAGCUGCACUGGGGUGCUGUCCCGGGCCUGUUUCCUAGCUGACGCCCAUGGGCUUGCUGUGCCUUCAUGCCAAAUCCAGGGUCAGAGCCAGGGAGCCGUGCUUCAUGGUCCUGGGGCGACUCUGCUCCCAGGGUGUUUUUCGAAUAACUUGCUUAUUUUUUUAUUAAAUGUUCCUGGUUGGUUUUCACUGAA